GAGAAAGAUAGGGUCAUUAGUGUGCACAGACACACAGAAGCAUGGCAACUCAGCAUCGUCAUACUUUUACAUUACAAGCCCUAAUGUCCUGCUUGCCGAACGCUGAUGAUGGAGGCUCAUGGAAACAAUGGGUUUCUGGGAAGCAUCCAAUGCAGAGCACAACAAGCAAAGAGCAGCAAGAAAGAUUGUCUCCUGAAGCAGGUACUCGCUGUUACUGGGUCAGUGCUCCACAUGAGACUUACUUUAAGUGCACUAAGCCUACCAUACAGAUGGCACUCGCUGAUCUACCCAGCACUCCCUUGGCCCUUGAAUACCUUAAUGAUUUUGAUCUAAUGAAGUUUGAGGUGAAGAGGGAACCACCUGAACCUCGGGCCUCACGUCUUGCUCCUCCUCCUUCUCUGGGUUCAACCCCAUGCAGUUCUGUGCCACCCUCACCUACCUUCAGUGACCAAGCUGAGUCAUGUCCACCCAGGCCUAGUCUGGAGGAACUGUAUUGGAUGGCAGCUUUACAGCAGCAGAUGGGGGGCGAAGGACUACCACUGACACCAGAGGAUGCUGUUGAGGUCCUAAUGGGAGGUGGUGGAGCACCAACAAUGCAGGGUAUGGAAGGGGGUUACAGGCCACAUCCCCACAGCUCCCACCCCGUUGGCUACCUGUUAAGCCCAGAAGACAUGAAUGCACAACAGCACCAGCUUUCGCCUUUGUCUGAGCGCUUUUCUGAUGACCAGUUGGUUGGAAUGUCUGUCCGGGAAUUGAACCGGCAGCUUCGUGGGUUCAGUAAGGAGGAGGCCUUACGACUGAAGCAGCGCAGGCGCACCCUGAAGAACCGUGGAUACGCCCAGUCAUGCCGAUACAAGAGAGUACAGCAGCGCCAUGUCCUAGAGACAGAAAAAUGUCAGCUCUCUCGCCAACUUCAACAUCUUCAACAAGAGGUGGCCCGUAUCACCCGAGAAAGGGACGGCUGGAGAGCUAGAUAUGAAAAACUGCUGAGUGCCACGGGAGGGGGGGCAGGGUCAGAUGUACUAGGGGCAGGGGGAAACACAGGCCCAGGAGCUGAGCUCUUUCUGUGAUCUUCAAAUCAGAACACUCCACCCCAAAUCUAAGGAGCUGCUAUUAUGUAGGGGGCACCCCUCUUCUCAAAUAGAGAUAUACUCCACCACAGAGACACUGGGCACAUGGCCCCUACAAGUUGAUAACAUUCAAUGCAAUCAGAAGCAAGAAAGGUCACUCAGGGCUGUUCCCCUAAUGGUCUUCAGUUAGGAAAUACAACAGCUUUCCAAGAUUCAAUAAACUAUACUGAACUCCUUUAGGCACCAUAGGGGAUAAUAUAAUAAUACUGUUUUGGUGGUCAGUCCCACUAAUUUCCAGCGCCAGCAUGUCUCAGAGUCCCCAAGACAGGUCUGCACUUUUAUUUUAAAAUGCAACAAUUUCACCCAGAGCCAAUUUAAUCUUCUUUUUUUUAGAGGAUUCUUCCUUGCACCAUCCCUAGGAUUUAUAACUGAUUUAUACAUUUUUAUAUCACUGAUUGCUCUGGGGCUGGCUGAGCCUGUUCCUGAUAUUUGAGAAUUACCUUUACCCCUACUCCCAUUAGCAUUCACCCCUUCACGAAACUGAGGAAGAUUCUGGUUGUAUUUUGAGGGAAAGAGUAAAUUAUUUUUUAUGUGUGAUUGUGAACUUAAUUAAUAUGCAGUAUAUUGCAUGCUCCUGCCCCUGCUUUGGUGGGGCAGAGCUAGCAGGUUACUAGGCAGAGCUGACUGUGUGUGUUGUGAAAAACUUAAUGAAUUGUUUUUUUUUCUUAUUAUUUUGUAUUCCAAGAAAAAUAACACAAAAAAUAAAAUAAAUUACUUAUUUAAACAUAGAA